AUGGAGAUGCAGGAGAUCUCGGAGCAGAGUGAGGGAAACAAAGCAGAAGAGGGAGCAAGUGAACCGGUGCAGGAGAGGAAGCAGAACCAGACCAUUACGAUCAACUUCGGGGCCCAACUGAAGAUGUCUACACAGAAUCGUUUUAUGCUGCAGCUCAUGUUAGAGCAAAAUCAGAGGCUGAACUGUAGAAGCUAUGUUGAGGAUAAACGAGACGAAGGCGGUGAAAACUUGGCGUCCAAGUUGUCUGUUGAACUGGAAGGAGAGAAAGGAAAUCAGAGUGAGGGAAAAGCGCGCCUGUACCGAGCCGCCUGUUUGCUCCUCACAGUGAUCUGCGUGGUCCUGCUGCUCAUCAUCAUCGCCCUCAGUGUGAAACUCCAAACUGGAUCCGCAGUCUGCUCUAAGGACGAGGAAACUAAAACGACUGGCAGACUGAUUCCCCCCCCGACAUGCAGCCCUGAACAGUGCCAGGACCUCUUCCCAGACAUCCACUCCAAACGUCCCGGCUGCCAACAGUGUGCCAAAGGAUGGCUCACUUACGGGCGAUCUUGCUAUUUCCUCUCCACCUUCCGGCUGACUUGGACUGAGAGUCAGCAGAACUGCUCCUCCAGUGGUGGAUCUUUGGCUGUCAUCAGCAACCAGAACAUUCAGAAUUUUCUGACGAGGAAAGGCAACAUGAAAUACUGGAUCGGGCUGAGACACACAGGUGCUGCGUGGACCUGGGUCAACAACAACGCGCUGCAGGACAGUUACUGGUUAGAACACCCGAGGUCCGACUGUGCCUACCUCGACACUGACCAACCACCUGGGGAGAACUGGCGAACAGCCGCCUGUCAAGCUGCCACCUACUUCGUCUGCCAGCUUCAGCUCUGA